GUCUAGCAUGAAGCCGUCUUACUUCUGUUAAACUGCAACGUGUCUUCCUUUUGAUUCCCACUACUCGGACUGCGAUCGGGACGCCCUCUUUGACAAGUCGCCAAGUAAGGGCCCUCCAAGGCCAAGAGGACCUUAGCCCAGGCUUCUUAGGAGCCUUGGUCAUAGGAUACGAGCGGCAGAGCGGCCGGGAGGAGCGUGGCGAGAAUGGACUUGACAACCAGCUGAGGAGGAGGCACGCCCAGCCGCAGCUGGUGGCUUUUCAAGAAGCCUGGAAACUAAGGAGCUUGGCGAGCGGCCUGCCUGUGGAGGAUGGACGCGGCAAGACCAAUGAUGAAAAAGAAGAGAAAUGAGCUGGAGUUACUGUUGGGCAACGCCGAUGCGGCCGGUUCGGCGGCCUUCUCGCCGAAGGCUCCACCGCUUUCGCUCGCAAGCCCCGUGCCAGAAGGAAUAAUAGAAACAGAUGAGCAGCUGGCGCGGCGCCUGCACGAGGAGCUGAACGGAAUGCGCGUGAAGCGUCGUGGGAGCAAGGCGGUGACCGAGGACCAGGUAUCGCCUGUGGCCCGCAUCACCACGGCGCUGCAAGCCCGCAAUAAGCCGGACACGCCGGGCGGCGGGGCGAAGGUCCCGCGGGCUGAGUCCGCUGGCCCAGUCGGCCACAAGGGCCCGUGCGCAACCUCCUCCCUGCAUGCCGUCGCCGAGGGUGCAGGCGAGGGCGCGCGGGGCGAGGCAUCUCGGAGCGGACAGGCCGCACCCGCUGCAACCGGGGCCGUGCAGGGCCAGGCGCCCGCCUCCGCCACCUCCUCGGGGCAGGGCCAGGGCGGGGGCCAGGGCGGGAGCGCCAGCGGGGCCCACGGCCAGUCGGCGGGAGGCGACGCGGGCGCUGAGGCUGCUCGGCGCAAGCGCAACACGGUGCCUGCACGGGAGCUGCACCUGUUGCUGACGCAGGCGUCGUCGGCGGUGGCGGUGCCCAGCAGCCGGGUGGACUCUGCACUGAGCCCUUCGCGGCGCGCUGUCCAGCCGCAUCCGUCGGGCGGCGCCCGCGACGGCGCCGCGCCGUCCUCGUCGCACCAUGCCCUUGCACCGGCAGGCGACGGGCCGGGCACAGGUGCUGCACCUGCUGGCGCCAGCGCGGGCCGUGUCGGGGACGCCACGGGGCUGCUGUCGGGCCGGCGCGAGUCCGAUGUGGGGCGGGCGCAGGGUGGAGGUGGAGGAGGAGGAGGCGCGGCUGCGGCGGCGGGCACGGGCCAGGCACAGCCUGGUGGUGCAGGCACGGGGCAGCCUUCGGGCAGCUCUGGCUCAGCACCGGUGCCGCCGCUGCCCCCGCACCCGCUGGCGGUGGCGCUGCCUGCUGACGCGCCUGCGCCGCCGCCAGUGCUCAAGCUGAAGCAGCGCCUGCUGGCGGGCUACGCGGCAGCCGUGGCGCCGCCGCCUCCGUGCGGUGUUGGGGCGGGGGCGUCGCUGGAGCGCAGCAGUGCGGCCUCGCUCUUCCACUCCCAGGAGCUGGAUGCGGCUGCGGCGGCAGCGGCGGGUGCCGCAGGCGCCGCGGCGGUCCACGCAGCCGGGGCGGGCCAGGGCGGCGGCGGCGGCGGCAGUGGUGGCGGCGGCUGCAGCUCCACUGACGAGACGGAGCACGAUGAGGCCGCGGCGGCGGCGGCGCAGGCGCCUGGCGCGGGCCGGCACGGCGGGCCCUUCACUGGCUCCCAGGGCAUGGCGGCGCCGCUGGCCGGGCCGGGCAGUGACGUGGACAUGGACGACGGGCCGCACGACGACGACGACGGCGGCGCCCACCCGCACGACCACCAGCGGCACAUGUCGCGCGGCGCCGGCAGCGAUGGCGGUGCCGGCGGUGGCAAGCAAGGGGGCGGCGGCGGUAGCGGAGGCAACCCGCUCAAGGUGUCCAAGCUGCCCAUGAUUCGGGCGGGCCGGGGCUGGUACCGCGGGCGGCUGCUGCGCACCAGCCCCGAUGGCGGCCGCGUGUUGGUGGAGGUGCCGGGCGCGCCGGGGCUGGGCGAGGGCGAGGCCGCGCUGACAGGCCCGGUGUGGCUGCCGGCCGUCAGCGACCGCAUCUGGCGUGGCUCCGUCAAGGGCAAGGACUGGAAAUACCUGGGCGACGGCGCGUGGGAGCCCAAGCCCGGCGCCUUCAAGCGCGGCAAGCAGGGCACCGCCAUCAACGGCCUGCCACUGCCGCUGCCGGCCUGGGCGGUGGGGCCCAACGGCGAGGAGAGCGCGCCCGCACAGGCGGCGUCGGCGGCGGACCUGCCGGCGCCGCCUCGCGGUGCCAAGCGCGAGCGCGACCGGACGGGGGGCGGUGCUGAUGAGGACCCGGACCAUCAUGAGCGCCCGCGCUCGCACAAGCCGCGGAAGACGUCGCCCUCGGCAACAGCGGCGGCCGCGGCGGCAGCGCUAGCGUCCGGGGAAGCCAAGGCCAAGCGGGGCUCCGCCGGCGGCGGUAAGGCACCGGCGGCGUCCCAGGCUCAGACCCAGGCCGUGUGUGUGAAGCAGGAGCCGACCGUGUCCCAGCCAGCCCCGGAGCUGCUUCGAGCGGCCGCGGCACACGCGCCCGCUGGCGAGGUGCAGGCGGCGACUGUGCCGCAGCGCGGGAGCCCAGCAGCAGCAGACGCAACAGCUGUUGCAGCAGCGACUGUAACAGCGACUGUAACAACGGCUGCCGCGAAGGUGGAGGAGGUCGAGCAGGAGGAGGAGGGGCAGCAGCUGGGUGUGGUCGGGGGCAGCGAGGAGACGGAAACAGAGGAUGCCGAGCACGUGCAUCGCGAGCCGGAGCACACGGGGAAAGCGGAGCUGGCGCCUGCACCGGAGGCGGGACCCGACCUUGCCGCGCCCGGCCCAGCAGCAGCGGUCCCGGCCACAGUGGAGGUUGCACAGGCCUUAGGAGCAGCAGCUGCUGCGGCGGCUGCUCCGCCUGCUGAUGCGGCGGCCCACUCACCUCGGCAGCGGACGUCCGAUGCGGGGAGGGCCUCCUCUCCCUCCUCCUCGCAGCAGCCGGCGCCGCCGCCGCCGAAGUCCAAAGCAAAAGCCAAGGCAGCGGAGGCAGCCGCGGCAGCUGCGGCAGCGGCAGCAGCUGCUGCUGCGGCUGAGGCGGCCGCCGCCGCAGCGGCCGCAGAGGCGGCUGCCACUGCUGCCGCCGCGAACGCGGACGAGGUCAUGGCCGAGACAGAGGUCAGCCACAGCGUCCGCACCGGCACCCGGGCUGGCCACGCCCACGCUGCCGCGGCGGCGGCUGCAGCGGCCACCGGCGCGGCAGACGCGGCGGUGUCGCCCGACGACCUGCAGGACCUCGCCACCGGUGAGGGCGAGGACGACGAGGCGGCGCCGAUGUGGGAGCCGGGCAUGGCCUUCCCGCGGCAGCACGCGCCGCGGCGGGCGCAGCCGCGGCGGCAGGCCCUACGCUCUCCGCUGGACGGCCUGCACCCCUCCCACCACCACCACCACCACCACCACCAGUCCUCCCACGCCUACCACCCUGCACAGCACUCCCUGGCGGGGCACAGCGGCGACGAGGCGGACGUGGACGCGGACGGCGAGGGCGCCGGCAGCCUGUACGGCCGCCGGUCCAGCAACGACGGCGGCGACGGCGGCAAUGGGCGCGAGGGCGGCCGGCGGCGAGCGGCGGCGCGCGCGGCGGCGGUGGCGGCGGCGGCGGCGCGGGCUGAGGCGGAGGUGGAGGAGGACGAGAUGGAGGAGGUGAUGCUGGGGCGGCGGCCGGCGCGGAAGACCGACAAACACGGCAUGCCCUACGGCUCCACGACACAUGGCACCAUGGCGGCCGCCGCCGCCGCCACUGCGGGCCCCGGCAAGCGGCAGCAGGGCGGCUACAACGGCGGCUUCGGCGCCGGCGCGGGCGGGGCGGCAGGGCCCCGUGGCGGGCGGGCUGGCAGCCGUGCCGAGGGCUACGGCGGCGAGAGCAGCGGCGCGCUGGAGGACUCGUCCAACGGCCGGGCGGCUGGCGGCGGCAGUGGCGCCAUCGGUCUGGCCAAGGCCGGCAGCCGCGCGGCGUCACUGCCGGGCGGCCUGGCGGGCGAGUCGUCCGGCGCGGUGGGCGGCGGGCCCGGCUCGCCCUGGGACGCGGCGGCGGCGCAGUGGCAGCAGAAGCAGCAGCGGCACAUGCAGGCGGACGGACUGGGUGCGCACGAGCCGCCGCGCAACCGGCGGAAAGGCAAGCCCUCCCGCGCGCGCAUGGACGGCGAGGGCGACGCGUUGCUGGCGGCCGAGGUGGGCGAGUGGGAGGCGCUGCAGGGCGAGUGGGUCGAGUGGGCGCGCAUGCCGGCCGCGCUGCAGCAGAUGUACUACCCGGUGGUGCACAAGCCGCGCAAGCCGGUGGACGUGGAGGACUACAUGGUGCCGGCGGGCGGCGGCGGAGAGGGCGGCGGCAAGCAGGCGGGCGCGGGCGGCGCGGGCGGCCGGCGCAGCGCCGCGGGCGCCUACUACAGCGCCGACUGCCUGGGGCCGCCCAAGAAGCGAAGGGCGUGCGGCGAGUACACGCACCAUUACCACGCCCCCUCGCCCCCGCGCGCGGCCUCCCCCGCCGACGAGGAGUACGCCUACAGCUGGGAGGCGGCUGCGGAGGACGAGCCGCAGCCCGACGACCACGAGGCGGACGAGGACUACGAGCCGCCCUACCGACCGCCCGGCGCCGGCCGCCGCUACAGCGCCGCCGGCGGCGCCAGCGACCGCGGCGAGCAGCGCGGCGGCGGGCGGCGCGGCCGCGGCGCGGCGGACCCAGAGUACGAGCUGCCUGGCGGCCAGUACAGCCGGCGGGGCGGGUACACGGAGGCCGAGGAAGAGGCGGCGGAGCUGGGGCCGUCGCCGCAUAGGGGCAACGGCGGUCUGUCGGCAUUCGCGGGGCUGCUGCAGGCGGCGCUGGGAGACGCAAACGCCGCGCGCAGGGCUGCUGCUGCGGCAGCGGCAGCCGCCGCCGCCGCGCAAGACUCGCGCGCCGCCGUGGUCGCGGCCGGGACGGCAGGCGGCGCGGCCGCUGGCGGCGUAGCCUUGCCCGCGUGCGCGGCGCCUGCGCUGCUGACUGUGGCGUCGGGGGCGGGCGCUGCUGGUGCCAGCCUGGCGGCACACGCGGCGCAUGUGGCCUUGUCCGACAGCAGCGCCAACCACAGCGCCGGGGAGGACGGCACCAAGGCAGGCAGCGGCGGCGGCAGCGACGGCUGCGCCGCAGGCGGCGCCGGCGGCUGCACCCUGGCACCGCCUAACGGCGUGACCGUCUCGGCUGCAAUGGUUGCAGCGGCGGCAGCGGCCGCGGCGGCGGCCGGGAUGGGCGGUGUUGCGUUGGGCGAGAGCCCGCUGCCGCCGCAGCUGAGCUACGGCGGCGCCAGCGGCGCGCUGCUGCUGCCCCUGGGCGGCAGCACACCGCCGCCGCCAGGCAGCGUGGCGCUGCGACCGGCGACGCCCACGCGAGCGCGCCGCACCGGGCGGCCGCCGUCUGUGGCGCUGGGUGCGGGCGCGCCGCUGCCCAAGCUGCCCGCGCUGUCGUCCUCGGCGUCGCUGCAGCUCAAGGGCGUGAGCUCGCUGGGCGCAGCGCCCAACGGCGGCGCCGCCGGCGCGGAGCCGUCGGCCUCGCUGGCGGCGUGCAAUGCCGCUGUGGUGGCGGCGCUGGCGGCCUGUGUGGCGCCGCCCGCGCAGCCGGCGCAGCCUGGCGUGAAGCCUGACGUUGUGAUGGCGGAGGCCGACGCGGUGGCAGCAACAAGCGCGGAAGCUCGCAUAGCCCAGCAGCAGCAGCAGCAGCAGCAGCCUGUCCUCCAUCACGCAUCGCAGGUGCCGCACUCUGCACCCCUCGAACCCGAGCAACACCACCACCCGCCGCACCCACACAGCCUCCCCAACCCCGCCUCCGAGCUCGCAGCAGCGGCAGCCGCGCCUCGUGCAGAGCCUGCCAUGCACGCAGCAGCGCACCCCGCCUCCGCAGCUGCGCACGCCGGCGCCCCUGACGCCGCCGGCAUCACCACCACCGCCGCAGCGGGCGGUGGCGCCUGCGACUCCCACGACGCCGCUGCCAGCUCGCUGCUGCAGCUGGCCACGCAGCACGACGACCCCGAGGACGCCGACCCCGCCGCGCUGGAGCGCCGCGCACGGGAGCAGCUGGAGGAGCUGCACGCAGCCGCGGCCGCGGCGGACGCCCACGCGCACGCCUCCGCUGCAGGAGGAGCGGGAGCAGACCACCGGCACCACAACCGGCACCACCACCGCGGCAGCGCCGCAGGCAGCCUGAAGCCGGACCCGGACUCGGACGGCAGCGGCGCCGCCGGAGGCGGCCCCUCGUCGCGCCGCUGGGGGGUGGGCGGCGGCAAGCGCAACGGCUCGUCCGCCACUGUGGCCGGGGUGGGGUCAGUGAACGCCGCGGCGGUGCUGCCGCCGGGGCUGUUGGCGGCGGUGCGCGGGCGGCCGCCGGGUGGCUGCGCGGUGAUGGACGCCAUCAGCGGCCUGCUGGGGGGCGGCGAGGGCGCGGCGGAGAUGCAGCAGCUGGCGCUGCGGGCGGCGCUGGAGCUGGACGCGCACAUUGUGGUGCAGCAGGCGCAGCUUGCGCAGCAGGCGGCGGCGGCCGCGCAGGCGCAGCAGGUGGCGGCGGCGAUGGCGGCGGCGCUGCCGGCCAUCUCGGAGGCGCUGCUGGCGGCUCUGCCCAGCCCGGACGCGGUGGCGGCGGCGUACGGCGCGCGGCAGCUGGCGGCGGCGGGCGCACCGACGCUGACCGAGCUGCUGAACAGCCCGGCAGCCCUGCCGCUGUUCCGGUAGCGCGACGGCAGCAGCGCCGGUGCGCCCACACCGCAUGGCGGCGCAGGAAAGGUAGCCAGCCAGGUGGUCCUAGGAGUCCCCGGUGCCAGCAGUUCGCCAGGGUGCCCACCCAGGUGCCCACCCAGGGUGCCCACCCAGAGUGCCCACCAUUAUAUGGGCCUAUGGGCACAGGGUUGGACACACAUGGGGUAUUUAUAGCGCCGUAACACAGUUGUGUUGUGGCGCGAGUCUUCAUUAUGUUGGGUGUAGACAACUGCAGGAGUUUGUUGCUGACAGUUUGUACUGGAACGAAUGGUUGGCUUCUCCUCAGACCGGGAAGAGCACACCCCAUCUAACACCACGUAAUGUCUGUCGCAACACAAACGAACCGCAAGUUUUGUCGUUGGGGACACCGGACCGUUUGGACCUACAUGUUUGCGUGGGUGUGGACGCAGGGCGCAUGCAGCAUUUUACAGCUGCUUGCUUCUUGGCUCUAGACUGCGCAGGGCCAUGGUGUGGCAGCACCUGCCUCACCUGACACGUUGACACGGAGACCCGCGUGUGAAUGUGUGUGUGUGUUGUGUUUGUUUGACGCAGUGCUGCAAUGACUGAGCUGCAUUGGGUCCGCAUGCGGGCCUGAGCUGUAUGUGAGGACGACCGUUGUGCCUGUCGCCGCAUGGGCAGCGUGUGCAGUUAUGUUAAGCAUUCGUUGUGUGGUGGUGCCAUGAGUAACGAUAUUGACGCAUGGGUGGCGAGCGCAGCCUCCGAAUCGCGGCCACCUAGAUGUGGCUGUUAUGUGAGGUUGGAUCCGCCGUAUGUGUUGGGUGUCGGCCCGGCAAGUGCCGCGAUGCUGCCUGCAGGCGAGGUAGCAGGGGCGGUGAGUGAGGGUCGUGUCUCCUGGAGGAUGCGUUGAGCACUGAACACACAUCCCACAUGCAUAGCCACGUCGAUGUGCACGGAAGCUCAUGCAGUUGUGUCGUGUUGCUUUGAGGCUUGAGAAGGCAUUACGAUGUGACGUCGCGCGACCCGACAGGUGUGCGUGUUGCAGCAUUGUCGUGACGUCGGUUUCUUUAUGUGGUCAGAUAAGCCCAUCGUGUACCGUAUCGCGAAUUGCGGGGCUCCUGGGUUUGUGGAUGCGUUGCCGGUCAUCUCAGAACUGGAAUGCCUCCUUGCCUUGCACCACGGUGCAUGGAGGUGGGCUGGGCGGCGUGGGGGCGGGGUUGGGGCUGUGGGUGGGUGGGUGCGUCACUGUGCGCGGUGAGGGGGCAUAUACCCCCAACGAAUAGGGGCGGGUUGAAAGCGGGGAGCUACGGCUGGGUAUACUGGCAUUGGCGUGGUGGCACUCCGGUGGGUUACGCAAAGGACAAGAGGCACUGUCGGCAUCCCAUGAGGUCAAGUGCGGAGGUGUGGGGUUGACGAGCCCCAGAGUUGAAUCACAUGUACUAUUCCCUACGAUUGGUGUAACUGUAAGUCUGCGUCGUU